GUCCAUUUCUGGGUUUUGUUUGUGUUGAAUGUUAGAUUUGGGAAAUGGGGUUGGUUCUUUCUAAUGAUUGAGAGAUGCUAGUCGAUCGCAUGGAAGAUUGAGUGACCACUCUAGGCGGCGCCGGUGUUUGCAAGCAAAGUGGAGGAGAAAGGCGUCAAGACUCAAGGCUACGAUGGUGGAAGGCGGAAUGGCAGGCGGGCGGUAGUGUUGGCUGGGGUCGGGUCGAGUCGGCUUGGGUUAGGGGUUGGAUUAGGUUGAUUUAUGCAGAGGGUCUGAUGUGGUGAGUUAAAAAAGAGUGAAUCGACAUUUCUAUUAACCACGUCAGCAAAAUACUAACGGUGUUAACGGAGGUUGACGGAGAGUAACCAAACAUGAAAUGUUUACCACUUUCAAUGACCAUGAAUGGAAUAAAAUACUUUUAGUGAACAAACAUGAAUUUUUUAAUACUUUCAGUGACUAACCUUGCAAUUUACCCUAGCGCCAUAGAACUAAUGGUUAAAAAAGACGAGAAACGUUGUAGAGUCUGAGAGCAAAAAUGGAAAUGUUCCUUGUAAUUACAUGAAGAUUUCGAUAAUCGUUACUCAUUUACGACAAUUUUUUUAAACUUCGUAGACUGACGUAUGGAAAAUGAAUUACCCACACACAUAAUAUAGUGGUAUAUUGACGUAUGGAAAAUGAAUAACCCACACAUAAUACAGUGGUAUAUCUGUUCAAAAGAUAUAAGACAAGGGCUGAAAACGCAAUUGUUCCAAACAAAAGAAAGAGAAAAAAGGGAAAGGAAAUCUACUCUACUGCAAGUCUCUGUUCCCACGCUCCAGCCCACCAACCAAUGCAAUCCUCUCUCUCUCUCAGGCUAAGCCCUUUCAGUUCACUUUCACUCUCUUGCUCUUUGCUUAAAGUCUGAAAGUAGUCUACUUUCUCAGCUCUCUUCUUCUGCUUUACUCUUCCGCUUCCCCUUCUGCAUCAUCCCUUCCUCUUCUUCUUCUUCUUCUUCUUCUUUCCGACAAUGCCAAUCAAAUCCGACCCGUCCACUCCGCCGCCGACCAUCGGCAAAAUCGGCCCUUACACCGUCUUCAUCACUCCUCCUCCCACUCCUUCAACUCCGCCGUCUCCCCUUUCCCCGCCGCCUCACAUCCACGAUUCCCCAAAGAAGGUCGUCUGCCCUCCCGCUCCCCAGAUCCAGUCUUCCAAGCCCCUCGCCAAAAAAAUCGACGAUGAAUCGGUUGGCGGCUUCUUCCGCUCCGCCGUCUCCAAGGUUCAACACGUGAAUUCGAGCUUGGAUGAACAUUUGGCGCGGUGGUUUGGACUGAAUCAGUCCAAGUACCAGUGGGCUCUGGAUGAUUAUUUUGAGACCAAGGGAUUGGAUCAAGGAGCCAAAGCAAAAGAGUUUCCAGGUAAAGCACAGAAUGUGUGAACAGCGCUGUAAUGCCGUCCUCCCAAAUGCUACUCUGAUGGAUGAUAUGAUCCAGUUGGUUGUUUGGUGGAUUUUUUCCUGUGAAUUAGAAGACUGUUGUUAUGGCGAAUUGCUGUAGUCGAGCCGUCGGGGAUGGUGGACUGUCUGUUGUACAACAUCUUUAUCUAUAUGUAAUGGCUGCUCUAUUAAGCAAAGUAUAGUAUAGGAGAAAGUAGCUAAGAAUGUGCUUUUGCUUCUUUGAGUUCCCUUUGGCCGCAUUUUGCCACCUAACCCUGUUGUGUUGUAGCUGUUUGUGUAUCAAAGAUGCAAGCUUUGUCACUGUUGUGUGUACUUCUGGUGCUCUUUUGCCCCUUUUCAAUCGAAAGUGAAUGUGGGCUGUUUGGCUUCAUUCUUCUUCUUCUUCUUCUUCUUCUUCUUCUUCUUCUUCUUCUGUGUCUUGGGCCUGGAUGGGCUCGCCUGGCGAUCGGAAUUGCUGUCAGUUAGUUGGACUGGGCUUGUGACCCUUUCUGGAUCAGAAUGGUGUGUUUCAGAUCUUUCCAAACUCUGCCUAUUCAUGGGCUUUUUACAUGCAUUUGUGAUCUCUCUCAUAUUUCUUUUGUUUGGUCAAUGUCGCAUUUGGGGCAAGCAUUUAAACGUUUUGAUUUAUGAUUUUUGUAAAAAAACAAGACCAAUCUCGUAAAUGCAUCAAAAUUAUGCAUUCUAGGUAUGCAAGUGCAACUCUUCAUAGGGAUGAGAUAUGGUGACAACCCCCUUGGGGGUUGUCAGAUUCACAACCCACUCACUAACCGUUGGAUACAUUCUCUCUCCUGUCUCUUUCUUCUUUUUUUAAGUUGAUGGUUAGGAUUAAAAGAAGGGUAUUUUUGGAAAAGAAAAAUGUUAACACACCCAAUCAUUCUCCCUCCCAUAUAAAUAAAAACCCUAACUCCUUCCUCUCCCCCUCACCUCUCUCUUUCCCUCCUCCCUCUCUCCAGACAGCACUGCCGCCAGCCUCCACCACCGCUGCCGCCUCUCUCCACCCACCAUCUCUCCUCCCCCUCUCUCCGCCGCCAUGGAUGAGAUCUCAUCCCCAUCACAGCAGCUGCAGCAGCUUCCCAUAAGCACCACCACGAAGACAAUCAAGGAGAAGCAGCCCCCCCCCCCCCCCCCCCCCCCCCCCCGCGCCGCGCCGCUGUCCUCCCCUGCCGCCACCAUUUUUAUGUCGCCGCCACCGCGAGGUCAAGACUCAUCCCUUUUUUUCCAGAUCUGAUAGUCUCUACCGGUACCAAUACCACUGGUAGCACUAUUGGUACCAAUACCACUGGUAGCGCUAUUGGUACGCUACCACUACUCACUGGUACCAAUACCAGUGGCUCCCCUAUCAUCUGGCACCACUAUCAUCUGUUUUUUUUUUUUUGUGUUAUUUGCUACUGGUACCGCUACCAAUGCUAGUGGUAGCGCUACCAGUGCUAGUAGCGUUGUGUUAUUCUCUACUGGUAGCGUUGUACUGGUAGCGUACCACUAGUACUGGUACAUUUUUUACUGGUACCACUAGUACUGGUACAUUUUUUAACAUACUGGUACCGUACCACUAGCACUAGUAUAUUAAUUACCAGUAGACUAAUAGAUUGGUACACUUUUUAACGCAUUGGUACAUUUUUUCAGGUUGUCGGAGGGAGUCUGCCGGAGAGAAUUCGUCGGAGAAAAAGUUUGUCGGUCGAUGCGGAGUGGCUGCUGGAGAAAGGAAGAGAGAGAGAUAGAUAGAGAUAUUAAUGUAUAGGAUUUAAAUUUCAGAAAAAAAAAUUGUAUUUAAUAUGGGUUUUUAAUUCCCAAUAUAAUUAAUACAAAAAAGGUAAUUAAUAUAUUCCUUUUUUUCAUACCCAAAAUACCCUUGGUUGUGAAUCUGACAACCCCCAAAGGGGUUGUCACCGUAUCCCGUCCCCUCUUCAUAUAUUCUUCUAAACUUCCCAAUCAUGAUAUUUAAUGCAAGUGCACUAACGUGAAAAUAUAAUUUUAUAAAGUACUGCACACAAUUUUCUUUUUUUUUUUAUUACGCACACACAAUAUUUUAGAGAACCAAAGAAACCUACAAGCGAGAUAAAUACACCUUACUUUCAAAAUUGCGUUAUGCGUCGAUUUAGUUCUUUUCGAUAUAAAUGCUAGUUUGAUCUGUUUAACUCGAUAUAGCUCGAAUCUACCGAUCACCCAUAACCCGAACACAACAUACCUACAAUAUUAUGACGUAAUUAAUUCCAACCACUAGUCUCCAUGGUCAAAUGAAGUCAAUCUAGUUUACCUAGGAAAUCCAAAAGACAAGAGGAUAGCACAUUCCCCCAAUUAAAUUGCAGGUAAACAACAAGUGCACAUCAAGCCUAGUUGUAAAAUACUGAAUUACAAAAAUAUCCCAUAUUCCUAUAAAAAUGAAACAGAAGAAGAGGAGGACCAGCCAACAUAGCAUGUGAAGAAGAAGAAGAAGAAGAAGAAGAAGAAGAAGAAGAAGAGGGCCGCAGCGUUCAACUAACAUUCCAUUCCAUGACAUGUUUUCCUCAGUUUUGGUUUGGGAGCCCCUUACGUUAGAUGGUUGGGAAUUAUGAUAUCGAGACAGCAACUUCACCUGCUGUCUUAUCUUACGGUGGUCAACUAACUAAAUCGUCACUAAACACCAAGUUCGUAACAAAUGGGUCACAACUUAUUAAGAUUUGGUGAUCUCUUUGCAAGGGGUCCCAAAGUUUAGUGAUUGUUUAUGUUAUUGUGCUCCCCUUUCCCUGCCACACAUGGAUUCUUGUCAUUGUUGUUUAUUAGUAAUUAAACUAAGUUCACCAAACUUACAGAUGGACUUGUCUAAUAAGUUUAUAGUUGGUAUUGUGGGUUUGGUUGGCAUCGAGACAAACAACUACCCUCUUGGAAAGGUUUUAGUUGUGAGCUUGCCACUUUGCACCUUUUAGUUUGCUUAACUUCUUCUCCAAUGGCUUAAUUAGUCGGCCAUUGAAAUAUUAGAGAAAGUUCUUUCUUUUAUUAGGACAGAAAUGUACAACCAAAGAGUCACUGAAAUUCGAUCAGAUCCAUGGAAACAUCUAUUUUAACUACUAUUGCUUUAUAGAUCGCCGAAUUUACUUCGUCUUCCAUUAAAGGCUUCAUGGUGUA